CGGGAAAAUUUACGGGUGCUUCGAGAAACGUUAUUUCGGGCCCGAUAAAGUUUCCCGUUAACCGGCCCGGUAAGUUAUCGGGCCCGGUAUUUACGGGAGCUUUCGAGAAACAGGUCCCUGGGAUCAUUUGCGGACCCGUACAGGUCUGAUCGCGUGACGAACUGACAGACCGUGAACAAAAGAAAGCCGCUUCCCGCCAAAAUUCUGACGUCACUAAGCCCAGUCCCUGCAGAGAUUUGAACUCCAAAACAGAACACUCCUCGUCCUCGCCUCGUCUCCUCUCAGGGUUUGGAAGAGGUUCUUGGACACUUAGAGAGCGCUCAAAGGGGAGAGUGACCAUACUGAUGGUGCUUUGAACCGUGAUUGUGACAAUGGGAGAACAGGCUAAGAAGAAUCUGCUUGUCAUAGCAGUGGCUGCACAUGAUCCCAACCAAGAUGAUGACCUCCAAGCUCAAGAAGCUGUAGACACUGCUCCUGAUAUUUCGGCGCAGCUAGCUGUCAAAAGAGGAGAGAAAUUUGAGGUGCUGGGGAGGGAUGUUGACUGGUGGCUGUAUGUAAAGCAUCUUGGCAGUGAAGAAAAGGGCUACAUUCCUAGCACUUGUGUGGUGCCACUAAAAGAUGACUUGACUAUGGAAGAGGAUGAAGAGCUCGAUCAUAAUGGUGAAUUAACAGCAGCCUUGGUCAAUUCAGGAGUGGAUCUGAAAUUCUUUCCUGAGGCUCCUGCUGAAAGGGAUGCUGUUAACAGGGGCCCAUGUCCAGACGAAAAGGCCAACAUCUUCUCAAAAUUGACCUUUUGGUGGCUAAAUGGGUUGAUUCUUCAGGGAUUUAAGAGGCCUUUGGUCAAUGAUGAUUUGUGGGCAUUAGGCAAAAAUAACAAGUCAAUGAGCAUUGUUCCCAAGUUUAUGGAGAAGUGGGCCAUAGAGGAGGAGAGAUGUGCAAUUGGUAAGAGAUGCCCUUUGGAAGAGCAACAAGAACAGGAGACAGCAAAGUUGAAUGCAGAAGAAAAUGAUGAAACCAAAGUAGAAUUUGUUCCAAAGGAGGAUGAAAAGAAAAAGGACAAGAAAAAAGAGAAGAAGAAGAAGAAAGCUUCUUUACUCCGGGCCAUGGCUUAUCAGUUUGGGCCACAGUUCCUUAUUGGAAUGCUUCUUAAACUGAUAUAUGAUGUAAUUCAGUUUCUUCAACCGCAACUGAUGAACUUGUUGAUUUCCUACACACAAGACAGCAGUCAAGAGACAUGGAAGGGAUAUGUUUAUGGUUUUUCCAUGUUCCUUGUGUCAGUCUUUAUGUCUGUUGUUAUCCAUCAGUACUGGCAAAUUGUUUUUGUUCUUGGAAUGAGGAUUAGAACUGCUCUCAUUGGAAUGGUUUAUGCCAAGUUCAGCUUGUUGAUUUCCUACACACAAGACAGCAGUCAAGAGACAUGGAAGGGAUAUGUUUAUGGUUUUUCCAUGUUCCUUGUGUCAGUCUUUAUGUCUGUUGUUAUCCAUCAGUACUGGCAAAUUGUUUUUGUUCUUGGAAUGAGGAUUAGAACUGCUCUCAUUGGAAUGGUUUAUGCCAAGGCACUUGCACUGAACAGUAGGGCACGGACAGAAUCUACAGCUGGUGAGAUGGUGAACCUGAUGUCGGUGGAUGCACAGCGUCUUAUGGAUCUCACAACCUAUGCAAAUGUCCUCUGGUCCUCGCCACUAACCAUUCUGAUUGCUUUGUAUUUUUUGUANUCAAUAGGAUCAGUUGCCCUAGCAACAUUUGCUAUCUAUGUUCUAACUGGAAAUGAGUUGACAGCUAACAAGGCAUUUGUGGCACUGUCACUGUUCAACAUCUUGAGAUAUCCCAUAACCAUGUUUCCAAAUGUCAUCAUCAGCAUGAUACAGGGUCAGGUGUCCAUCAACAGACUUUCUCACUUCCUGAAUCUGGAGGAGCUGAAUCCAAACAAUGUUGAAAAGACCAUGCCUGAACACAUCAGUUCACAAGCCAUUCACGUAGAAGAUGGAUCUUUCAGUUGGGAUAAAGAUGACAGCCCUGUCUUACAAAGCGUCAAUAUGAAUAUCCCGAGCGGCUCGCUCGUUGCCGUGGUGGGUCAGGUUGGAUGUGGAAAAACCACCUUGCUCUCCGCUCUACUUGGCGAGACAGAGAAGUUGUCGGGAAAAGUAUAUGUCAAGGUGUGUGUAAUUUUUUUUGCACUUUUGGUGUCCCUUUUAUCCUAUGUCGUUGCUGUUGAUCAGGUUGGGACAUACACGGAACUUCUUCAAAAUGAGGGAGCAUUUUCUGAGUUCUUGAAGACAUUUGCUUCUGAGCAGAAUGCCGAGGAGAAUGAGCCGAAACCAAGAACUGAAUCUGUGUUGAGGGAUGUCCCAGAGAACACAGAUGGGAUCGACCUCAGCUUUCAACGCAGCAACAGUCGCCUGGAGAGGAGAGACAGUCUGAUGGAUGGACAGCCAUUCCGGAGAAAGCGAGCAGACAGCCUGUCUGUUGUCACUAUCGACACCGCUGACCUGGACUGUCAAUUUACCAGACCAGAUGAACAACACGAGGACAAGAUUAUUGAAGAGGAGAAAUCUGAAACUGGUCGGGUGAAGUUUGCAGUAUUCUGGGCUUACGCCAAGUCGGUUAGAGUCUACCUGGCUAUCGGCAUUGUUCUGUUCAUUGUCGUCGCAGAAAUAGCCUCGGUGGCUUCAGGAAUCUGGUUGGCGCGCUGGAGCUCCGCCAAUGUCACGUCAGACGAUGAGCGUGACAUGUACUUAGGAGUCUACGGUGGUCUUGGCUUCCUGCAGGCUCUUAGUGUGCUCAUAUCAGCCUUGUGCUUGGCUGUGGGGUCGAAGAUUGCUUCACGCUACCUUCAUCAGAGUAUCCUUGUGAACGUCAUGCACUCGCCCAUGUCGUUUUUUGAGACCACUCCCCUAGGGAGGAUUGUGAACCGCUUCUCCAAAGACAUCAGCACGAUCGAUGAUAUGGUACCCAUGUCGCUGGCGAAUUUUUUGAGGACGUUCUGCGGCGUUCUUGGUACCAUCGUUGCGAUCAGUUUCGCAACUCCCAUUUUCCUGGCAGUGAUUCUGCCUCUUGGCCUCUUCUACCUUUUUGUUCAGAGAGUAUACGUAGCAACUUCUAGACAGCUGAAGAGAAUCGAGUCAGUGAGUCGAUCGCCAAUCUUCAACAACUUCUUUGAGACAAUCAACGGUGCGAGCACCAUACGGGCAUUUGGCCAGCAACAACGCUUAAUCCGGGACAAUUACUACAGGGUUGACGAAAAUCACGUGGCAUUUUAUCCGGGAACCUCAGCUAACAGGUGGCUUGCUCUUCGUUUGGAGUUUGUUGGCAACCUUAUUAUUCUUUUUGCCGCGUUAUUCGCUGUAAUAAGCCGUGAGUCCAUAGAGAGUGGUCUGGUAGGAUUGUCAAUCAGCUACGCCUUGCAGAUCACCAACACUCUGAACUGGAUGGUAAGGAUGAGUAGCGAGCUGGAGACAAACAUUGUAUCAGUGGAACGAGUGAAGGAAUAUUCCGAGGCGCCCACUGAGGCUGAGUGGAUUAUUCCAGAUAAUCGCCCCCCAGAUGAGUGGCCUGAUGCAGGGAACAUUGUGAUAGAAGAUUUUGACUUGAAAUACAGAGAAGGGUUGCCACUUGUACUGAAACAGAUCAACUGUGAUAUUAAACCAGGAGAAAAGAUUGGUAUUGUGGGUCGCACAGGAGCUGGCAAGUCAACGCUCACCUUAGCUUUGUUCCGUAUUCUUGAGAGAGCUGGUGGACGAAUCAUGGUCGAUGGUGUUGAUAUCGCUAAGAUUGGACUUCAGGAUCUGCGAUCACGGCUCACAAUCAUCCCUCAGGAUCCAGUAAUAUUCAGCGGCAAUCUCCGUCUCAACCUUGAUCCUUUUGAAAGCCACACGGAUGAAGAACUGUGGAAAAUCCUCGAAUUGAGUCAUUUGAAGAACUUCGUGUCAGGUUUAGAAGAAGGACUUCUGUAUCCUAUUAGCGAAGAAGGAGGGAACCUUAGUGUUGGUCAGCGGCAGUUGGUGUGUUUAGCGCGUGCGCUGCUCCGUAAAAGUAAGGUCCUGGUUCUCGAUGAAGCCACGGCCGCGGUGGACCUGGAAACUGAUGAACUCAUUCAACAGACAAUUCGUCGUGAGUUCUCUGACCGCACAGUGUUCACCAUUGCGCAUAGGCUCAACACCAUCAUGGACUAUACCAGGAUCAUGGUUUUGGACAAAGGUUUCGUGGUGGAGUUCGACAGUCCUGAAAACCUGUUGGCUCAGCGAGGGAUAUUCUACAGCAUGGCUCAAGACGCUGGAUUAGCUUAAUUCUUUUAUUUUGAUCCAUCUAUUCCUGUAUUAUUAGGGCUGUUUUAGUACUAGGUUUGAACUGAAACCAAUUAGGGAUGCAAUUAGGGUGCCCACAAAUACUGCAAUAAUAGGCUAGUUAGAAAUCGAAACAACACAUUUGGUUUUUCUUUAGUAUCUGAUUCUAUCACAGUACAUCUCUUGAUUUUAUCAGUAGAGCACUUUCAGCAAGUUUAGCAAACUGAUCCCAAUUACCCUUUAUCCUGAAAUGUCAACCGUUGAGUAAACAUCGAGGAAACCUUUGUCAUUUAAGCCCAAAACUCGUCGAGAAGUUGCUUUGUUUCAAGAAGAGGAUGAUUGAUUUCUAUACUGCUAGAUCCACUUACAAGCAAGGUCGAUCAUAAUUCGGCCAUUUGGCCAAUCCAAGUAGUUCGUAGUUUACGUGCAUACGAGGGAGGCGAAGCGACUGUUCGUAUUUGAGCAUGCUUAGGGUAACUUCUUGAUGUUUUUGGACAAGAGAAACUACUCGUAUGGUGCCCCUCGACACCCAGGAGUAUAGUUGGGUACUAGCGAUCUUUUAGCCCAAGGGCAACCUCGUAAAAUAUUCUGAGGACGCACGUGUGGGGGGAGGGGGUACCUGUAAUGGACCAGCUUUCCUCCGAGAAUGGAAGAAGGGAGGGGUAGUUUGGGGUCCUUUGGGGGGAUGUGACAAUACCAAAGUCGCUAAUCAUGCAACGGUACCGGAGUAAGUACCGGCUCAGUAGGUCGGUUUGUCCCAGUUCACUUGCAUGUUCUAUCAUACACUCGUUUGUUACCUAUCCAAGACUGUGAAGUAUGAUAUCAUUUUGAACAAGUUAUUCAUAUCGGUUCAUGUCGUAUUUAAUUGGUAUGAUAAAAUAACUAUUGCAGUCUAGGGGAAAUAGUGAAAGGUUGUAUAGUUUGGUUAAAAUUACCGGAGAAACGUACUAUAGCACUUGCAAGAUAACUUAGCACGAACAUUUUAAACAGUAAAACUCACUUUGCACAGCUAAAAUAAAUACAACACACUUUUUACCUGCAAGAGUUUGUAAAGUAUUUAAUGUCAUUUCCUUAUGACACUUACUUUAUUUUAUAUCGGUACACCUAAGUUCUUAAUACUAAUUGUAGCCUAGAAAAAGAAUUGUGAAGUUUUGUAUAGUUUAGUUAGAAACGCGGGGGAACAUAUUAUAGCACUUAUAAGGUAUAAGCACUAAACACUGUUAGGGUUAUUUACUCAAUAGGCCAAGACUAUUGUUUCUACAGUGCAAUAAAAAAAAAAUCACGGAGCCAAA